UGAGGUGAGGAUGAUGGUUCUUGUUCAUUGAUCUGACCUGCUGUUGAAAAAUAUAUGAAUCAUCACUGCGGUACGAAGACAGAUGGAGCUCUGGCACCACACUGGUUUUAGGUUCUUAAAUAAGUAGUUAAGGCAGAACAAUGAGACACACUUAAUACCAGGGACAAGGAUAUACAUUUCAGAAAUGCUUUAGCAAGACUUUGCAAGGAGAGAAGCAAACAAGUGGUGUGUAGGUCUGUAAUUAGUACACACAAGAGACAGGUGAUCUCAAGUGAGCCGGUCCUAAGCAGGAGAGGGCCAAUCAGGAACGGAAGAGCUAAUGACUAAUGCAAGUCUCCCUUGGUGUCCUGUACUGUAAGAUCUAUAGAUCCUGUAACUGAGAUGAGUGGUAAUUGCCUGGGGGAUUAACCUGUAAAACCAGUCGAGCUAGCAAACGCUCCACCCUUCCCUCAAGACAACAAUCAGUGCUGUUUCCUUCAGCAACCAGGUGCUGUAGCAGAUACAGCAACAACAGGUUUAUUUCCAGAAAUACUGUGGUGCCUGAAGAGCCAUUGUGAAGGGAUGAAGACCAUCAUGCCUGUUGCUUUUUGCCUUCUGUCCGUGGUUCUUCUCCCUCUUGGACAGUGUUGGGAAGCACCUUUGUUUUGCCAUGAAUAUGAAUGUCCAGAGUUCACCGUGGUAAACACAUAUGAGUCUUUUGAGGAGCGCCUCUAUGCCUCCAGUCGGUGGAUUACAACAGACAUCACAAGCACCGAUAACCACGACGUAGCAGAUGGAUUUUGGAAACUCUAUAAGUACACACAAGGAGAGAAUACUGAGAAAAGGGUGAUUCCCACAACCAGACCUGGGCUUGUGUCAGUGAAUGAGGCCGGUGAGAACGGACAACGUCAAGUGUCUGUCUCUUUCUACGUCGCCCCAGACACGGUCCUCCCUCACCCGAAUGAUGAUACCAUUAAGGAAAUAACCAGACCCAGUGGCACGAUCUAUGUCAGGGUAUUUUCUGGUGUGGCCUCAGAGUCUGAUGCCAUAGAGAACAAGAAUAAGCUGAAGGAGGACCUGCAGACCGCAGGGAAGCUGUUUGAUAAGAACAGAUUUGACGGGGCUGGAUAUGAACCUGUGUGGAUCUUAAUCAACAGACACAAUGAAGUGUGGAUCCAUGCUGCCUGAUAGCUGACACGUCUUCUAAACACUAUGGAUCAUAAAUGCUGUCACUAACAUAACUGCAUUAUCUCUCUUAUUGCAUGUGCACGAUUAUAUGUUCUUCCUGUGCAAUAAUUAUGUGUACCUCACUGUUUCAUUAAGGAUUCCUUAAAAAUAAAAUUCAAGCAUGCACUUCUUCAGUGUGUGCAGUACAGAAGUGUU